UUUCAAAACUAAUUCAUUCCCUCUUUUUCUCAAACACAAAUCGAAAAAAAUGUCGGGCCGCGGCAAAGGAGGCAAGGGAUUGGGCAAGGGAGGCGCGAAACGGCACCGCAAGGUGCUCCGCGACAACAUCCAGGGGAUCACGAAGCCGGCGAUCCGCCGCCUGGCUCGCAGGGGCGGCGUCAAGCGCAUCAGCGGCCUCAUCUACGAGGAGACUCGCGGCGUGCUCAAGAUCUUCCUCGAGAACGUCAUCCGCGACGCCGUCACCUACACCGAGCACGCUCGCCGGAAAACUGUCACGGCGAUGGAUGUCGUCUACGCUCUCAAGAGGCAGGGACGCACUCUCUACGGAUUCGGCGGUUAGGUUUUAGGCUUAAUUGAUGUAUAGAUGAAUCCAAUCGGAAGGUUAGGGUUUGUGUUUUCCGAAUUAGGGGUUUAUGUUUGUGCCGCUUUGAUUCCGCAAAAGCUAAUGAAAUUUCAACGUUUUCAAUGA